CGCACUGUGAUGCCCUUUCACUGUUGGAUGGAUGGUGGUAAGAGGGGUCUUGAGUUGUGUUUUAGACUUCCAGCCGAAACCGAAGACAACAACCCGUUAAAAUGAGGCUCCUGCGGUCCGGACAGUGUUUGUGUUGAACAGCGGGAAACAAGCAGGUGUGGUGUCCGGCGUUGGCUGCUCCGCAGGAGGAGGAAGACGGUUCCUGUGCUCACUGCUCAAUGUGACAGACGAUCACGUCUUCACCAUGGGUCAGGAUCGAGGCAGAUUCGAUUUCUACAUCGGCCUGGCGUUGGCCAUCAGCUCCAGUCUGUUUAUCGGAGGGAGUUUCAUCCUGAAGAAGAAAGGACUACUGAGACUCGCACGCAAAGGGUCGAUGCGAGCAGGACAAGGAGGUCACGCGUAUCUAAAAGAAUGGCUUUGGUGGGCGGGGCUUUUAUCAAUGGGCGCUGGUGAAGCUGCAAACUUUGCAGCUUAUGCGUUUGCCCCUGCAACACUCGUCACACCGCUCGGGGCUCUCAGUGUGCUCGUGAGCGCCGUACUCUCCUCCUACUUCCUGACGGAGAGGUUGAACCUGCACGGGAAGCUGGGGUGUCUGCUCAGCGUGCUCGGCUCCACCACCAUGGUGAUCCACGCGCCGCAGGAGGAGGAGAUCGACAACCUCACGGACAUGGCCAAGAAACUCAUGGACCCAGGCUUCGUGGUCUUUGCUACAUUCGUCAUCAUCGUGGCUCUGAUCUUCAUCUGCAUCGUGGGCCCGCGUCACGGCCAGACCAACAUCCUGGUGUACAUCACCAUCUGCUCGGUGAUCGGCUCGCUCUCCGUAUCGUGUGUGAAGGGCCUGGGCAUCGCCAUCAAGGAGCUGAUCGGCGGUAAGCCGGUGCUCACUCAGCCCUUGUUCUGGCUGCUCCUGGUCAGCCUGGUGGUGUGCGUCAGCACGCAGAUUAACUACCUGAACAAGGCGCUGGACAUCUUCAACACCUCCCUGGUCACGCCCAUCUACUACGUCUUCUUCACCACGUCGGUGCUCACCUGCUCAGCCAUCCUGUUCAAGGAGUGGGAGCACAUGGGCUACGACGACGUCAUCGGGACGCUUAGCGGCUUCCUCACCAUCAUCGUCGGGAUCUUCCUGCUGCACGCGUUCAAGGACGUCAACGUGAGCCUGGCCAUGUUGGCGGUCAGCAUCAGGAAGGAGGAGCGCAACGGGACCAUGGCCAACGGCGGGGCGCACGCCUACGCGCACUCCACGUAUGAGCUCCUUCGCGACGAGGACCCGGAGAUGGGCUCGACCUUCGACAACGUCUCCAGGAGAAACGGCACCAUGGGGACGUCUUAGGUCCGUCCGCACGAUUAUCUGACGUGUGAUCCGAGCUUUAGUGUUGUUUUUUCUCUCUCUGAUUUCUGAAGACAAUCACAAACAGACCUGACUGAUGGACCGAAUCAUUCACGGUUGCACACGAGUAAAUUCUUUUUUUUAUUUUUCCCCUUUCCUGCGGCGUGCCUGGACGCUCACGCUUUAACCUCGUGUAGCACUGUAUAUAGCAUAAUCCAUGUCUUAUACACACAUGUCUCAGAUGUACAGAAUCUGCACUGAUUUCUUUUUCCCCUCACCCUCCAUUCUCUUCAAGAAACACAACAGGAUAAUGACAAAUUGUUAUAUUUAUUG